AUGUCUGCCUCCUCCGGUCGAUCGACCAACCUCCUGCGUGUCGGAAUCCAUCGCGAUGAUGAAGCAUGUCCACCUUCUGAAGGUCCAAAAUGUAAGUUUUUUCUGUGGAAAGACGAUGCAAAGGAGGAGGGGUAUUACAAAGAGCAUCUUUGUAAGAUGAGGUUUGAGCUGCGCAGAAAGGAAGACUUCAAUGAAGUUUUGAAGGCUCAAAAGAAGGUGGUUAAGCUAUAG